AUGGAGAGUCCGGGGCCCCGUGGCUCUGAGCGGGCUCUGGAGCUCGGGCUUCCCCGGUCGGGGCCCCCAGCCUCCCGCUGCCCACUCGCUCUCUCGACGCCGGCCCUGGGAUGGGGCGCUCCUCCGGUCUUCGGGACUCCCGGCGUUUUCUGCAGGUCCGGCGGCCGCCCCCUCGCCGGGCUUCCGGCGACUCCGCCCGCUGCAGGGGCCGGGCCGUCGGCUCCCCCCCCGGGCCCCGCGCUCUCCGGUCCCCCCGAGGCCCCGGGCCGCGCCGCCGCCGCCGGAACAAUAGAGGCUCCUGGGAGGCAGCGCGGCAGCGGCGGCGGCCGCGCCAAGGCCCCGGGGGGCGGGGACGGCUGCUGGAACGACGGAGGGAAGGGGCCAAAGGAAGAGAGGAGGGAGGCAGGCAGGCAGGCAGGCAGGCAGGCAGGCGGCCAGCCGGACCGCUUGGAAGGAGCCCCGCGUGGAACAAGGCCGGCGUCCAACUUCUCUUCCGUCUUCCUCAGUGCUUACUACAGGGCCGGGCGUAACAGCUUAAAGACCACAACGAUCUGCUGCAUCGUUGGUGCAUCCAACGUGGGCUCCGGAGACGAGGAGGCGCGUCCAGUCGUCGAGCUGGCUGAAAAUCGUCUCGGUGAGAGCGGGUCACUCUGCUUGGCUUCUCGGCGUAGGUUCAUUACGUUAUGUCUCCUCCAGGAGGACUGUGGACGUCGAGUCAAUCGCUGUUUUGUUGAGCGAUUGAAAGCUCUGCCGAAUUCCAUCGGAUUGAACAGUUUCAUGUCAGUCGAUAAACAGAAAGCCAACGGGCAUUUGGUAUUCUCGUCAUUUUUCUGUUAG